AGCAAUAACAUGUAAAGGGUCAUACAACCAACCGAUAUACAGGGCAGUCUGAGCGCCGGUGGGCGGGGACUUUCUCCCGGCAUGCUGUCAUCACCGAGCUCGGUGCUUGCUGGAUGUCUCCGCUCCAGUCUGAGCUCGCUUCAGUCUGGAGGCUCAGACAGAGAGAGAAAGGUGUGAUCCCAUCCGCUUUUGACCCGAUAAGGAUACUUUGUUAAACGUUAGCGACGCUUUCCAUGUAAGGGCGCAACAGCAACUCGUAUGCGUCACAAUGAAACAGCAGUAGAAGAAGACGGCUGAGUCGCCCACACACUCACACACAACUACACUCGAGACCAGAGUGACAGCGAAUGGAGUGACAAAACAGAGAAGGAGAAUGAGUGGCAGUCCACCUAUUCCGGGCGGCUCAACUCCAGACAUUGUCCCUCACUUCCAAAUGCCGUGUGCCAGUCGUUGCCGCAGUGGCCUUUUGUGAAUUAUGACAACGGCUGCUAAAUCCACUCAAUAAAGAGGCUUCUUCUCCUCCUAUUAAUAGCAGGCACAUCACAUGAUAUAAUGAAGAAGGGCCAUAGAAGUCUGCUCUUCAAGGAGUCUGCUCUCAAGAUAUGAGUAUUUUGAGCCCAGUGAUUGAUAAUAAAUCGAAACUAGUGGGAGUUGUGGGAGGCCCAGAAGAAUACAUCAGAUCCAUGCAGUCAGAGGAGUUAUUUAGCAGGAAACUCAAAGCCCUCAAUGGGAGCAUGGGACCACCAGGCUCCAACAUGCAGGGCAAACCUGAAGCUCCCGGCAAAACAAACGGUACUCCGGCAAUGCCUAAAAUGGGCGUUCGGGCCAGGGUGACAGAAUGGCCGCCAAGGAAAGACGGCUGGGAUGGACGACCGUCACCGAACUAUCAGAGUGUGAUACCGAUAUUUCAGAACGGCCAGCAGGACCAUACUAUGGAAAUCCUCGAGCAAGGCGAACCAGUCUGUUUGGAGGAAGACUACUCGGAUGCAAAGUACACACUGAGCGACCUCCUCGGCCACUCGCCACUAAAAGGUCUUCAUCCGAUUAGACAGCGUAGCAACAGUGACGUCACCAUCAGUGACAUUGACUCCGAAGACGUAUUAGACCAGACCGCCGUUAAUCCAAACACCGGAGCCUCCUUACAUCGGGAAUAUGGAAGUACAUCAUCUAUUGACCGCCAGGGCUUGGGCGAGGACGGCUUUUUCACAAUGCUCAAGGGCUACAGAGUGGACACCUUGGACCACCGGAGUGUACCGCCCCUGGGUUUUCCCGAGUUGUUGCGGUGUGACGCCUCCCUCUCCCCGAGCUUACAAACAGCAGCCCAGAUUGCCAGGGGCGAGAUUGUCACCAUUCCAGGAUACGACUACAUAGACAGCGCUCUCCUUUACAGCAGGGAACGGGAGAAAUCUUUCAUGAGGCGCCUCAAGUCAGAGUCAUGUGAAACGUCUUUGUUCAGGAAAUUGCGGACAAUUAAAAGUGAAAGUGACGCUUUGAGACUGUCUCUGGAGGAUGACCGACGGCCGCUCAGCUUUCAAAAAUGCUUUGCUCAUUACGAUGUUCAGAGCGUUCUUUUUAACAUCAGCGAAGCUGUAGCUAGCAGAGCUAACCUGAGCCAGAGAAAGAACACAACAACGGGGGCUUCAGCAGCUUCAGCCGGACCGGGGGCAGUGCCCGGCGGUGGUGGUGCCGGUGCUUUAACAGGACCAGGACUAGAUACUGGAGCCACCGCAUAUAGCGGCGGAAAUUCGGUCUUCUUUGAGUCACCACUAGGCAGCAGGGAAGACUUGAACCCAAAGGAGAACUUGGAUGCUGACGACGGGGACGGGAAAAGCAAUAGCCUGGUUUUGGGCUGCCCGCACUUUCGCAAUGAAAUCGGUGGCGAGGGCGAGAGAAAGAUCUCGCUUUCCAGAGCCAACAAUGCCAACUACAGUGGCGUGUCAGAGAGCUGCUCCUUUGAAUCUUCUCUAAGCUCCCACUGCACCAAUGCAGGUGUCUCUGUACUGGAGGUGCCAAGAGAGAACCAGCCUAUCCACAGGGAGAAGGUCAAACGUUACAUCAUUGAGCAUAUUGACCUUGGUGCAUAUUAUUACCACAAGUUCUUCUACGGAAAAGAGCAUCAAAACUAUUUUGGUGUCGAUGAAAAUCUGGGACCUGUGGCAGUCAGCGUCCGCAGGGAGCGGCUGGAUGAUGGAAAGGAGAAAGACGGGAUGCAGUACAACUAUCGAAUCACCUUCAGAACCAGUCAGCUGACCACCCUCCGUGGGGCCAUCCUUGAAGAUGCGAUUCCAUCCACGGCACGACACGGGACAGCUCGCGGGUUGCCAUUGAAAGAAGUACUUGAAUACGUCAUCCCGGAGCUCAACAUCCAAUGCUUGAGGCUUGCCAUCAACUCUCCAAAAGUCCCAGAGCAGCUCCUCAAGUUGGAUGAACAGGGGCUAAGUUUCCAGCACAAGGUGGGUGUUCUUUACUGCAAGGCGGGCCAGAGCACAGAGGAAGAGAUGUACAAUAACGAGAGUGCCGGACCAGCAUUGGAAGAGUUCUUGGAUCUACUCGGCCAGAGAGUGCGCCUGAAAGGCUUUACAAAGUACCGAGCGCAGCUAGAUAACAAAACUGAUUCCACCGGCACACAUUCUCUCUACACCACCUACAAGGACUAUGAGCUGAUGUUUCACGUAUCCACCAUGCUCCCCUACACCCCCAACAACAGGCAACAGUUAUUACGGAAGAGGCACAUUGGCAAUGAUAUAGUUACCAUCGUGUUCCAGGAGCCCGGGGCCCUUCCUUUUACUCCAAAGAACAUCCGCUCUCAUUUCCAGCAUGUGUUUGUCAUCGUCAAAGUCCACAACCCCUGCACUGAAAAUGUCUGCUACAGUGUGGCUGUGUCCAGGUCAAAAGACGUGCCUCCAUUUGGCCCUCCCAUUCCAAAGUCUGUGACUUUCCCAAAGUCUGCAGUUUUUAGGGACUUCCUCCUUGCCAAAGUCAUAAAUGGAGAAAACGCAGCACAUAAGUCAGAGAAGUUCCGAGCAAUGGCGACCCGUACGCGUCAGGAGUACCUAAAGGACCUGGCGGAAAACUUUGUUAGCACCGCUACCAUUGACUCUGCAGUCAAAUUUAGCUUCAUCACCCUCGGAGCCAAGAAGAAGGAGAAAGUAAAACCCAGGAAGGAUGCCCAUACCUUCAGUGUGGGAGCCAUCACUUGGAGUGUUCGAGCCCGGGACUUUGGUCAGUCGAUGGACGUGGACUGCUUGCUCGGCAUAUCCAAUGAGUUCAUUGUGCUCAUUGAGGAGGAAUCCAAAAAUGUGGUUUUCAACUGCUCUUGUCGUGAUGUCAUCGGGUGGACCUCAGGGAUUAUGAGUAUAAAAAUCUUCUACGAGCGAGGCGAAUGUGUCAUGUUGUCCGCUCAUGACAACUGCGGAGAAGACAUCCGGGAAAUGGUGCAAAGAUUAGAGAUCACAACCAGAGGCUGUGAGACAACGGAGAUGACUCUACGGCGCAACGGAUUGGGUCAGCUUGGCUUCCACGUCAACUUUGAGGGAAUAGUGGCUGACGUGGAGCCCUUUGGCUUUGCCUGGAAGGCAGGCUUGAGACAGGGCAGCCGACUGGUGGAAAUCUGCAAGGUAGCUGUUGCUACUCUCACCCACGAGCAGAUGAUUGACCUGCUGCGCACCUCCAUCACUGUCAAGGUGGUCAUCAUCCAACCUUAUGAAGACGGGACCCCCCGAAGGGGCUGCUCUGAGCUUUACCGCAUUCCCAUGGUGGAGUACAAAGUGGACAGCGAGGGUACACCCUGUGAGUACAAGACACCGUUCAGAAGGAACACCACUUGGCAUCGGGUGCCCACAGCCGCUGGAGCGCCUUUAUCCCGAGGAUCGCCUACUCAAGGCCCCGACCGCCUCCAGUGCCAACAGAUCCUACAACAGCAUCAGGCCGUUAUACCACGAAGCACAUCCUUUGACAGGAAGUUACCAGAUGGAUGCAGGAUGAUGCAGGAUUUGGAGAAUCCCCAGGUGACUUCCUGUAACAAGGGAGAACAGCAUUACCGCAGCUCCCCCAGUAACCAGUCCUCCUCCAGUGACCCAGGACCAUGUGGCAGCAGCUCCUGGUCCCAACAGCCUGGAUAUGAUGGAUGCCCCUCUCCAAUUCUCCAUGAGCAUGCAGGAGACAUCCCAGGGGGUGAUGGAGACAUCCACAGGGAGAGAGAGCCCACAUUGGAGAGGACCAGGUCGGCAGAGGCCAAGUGGCACAUCCCAUGCACUAAGAUUCUGAACCCACUGAAGCAGCGAGAAGGAAGUAAAGACUCACCCAACAGGCUCUCCAGGAUGGGCGAUAAGAACUCAAGCCACUCAAGUAGCAACACUCUGUCAAGCAAUGCCUCUAGCAACAGUGAUGAUAAGCACUUUGGCUCAGGUGACUUGAUGGACCCGGAGAUGUUGGGUCUCACUUACAUCAAAGGGGCCUCCACAGACAGUGGCAUCGACACCAACCCCUGCAUGGUCCCCGGGACUCGGGUGUUGAUGCAGAGCAGGGUGGGAGAACAGGGCCACGCAUGGGUAUCAGAGCACCACGAGGACAUGGCAUCAGAAGAGGAUCAUGGAAAACCAUACCUACCGCAGGGUUACGCCUCCGCCUUAAUGGCCAGUAAUGUGGCAGAUGGCAGCAUCGGAGACCUGAGCGAGAUAUCCUCACACUCAAGUGGCUCUCAUCACUCUGGCAGUCCCUUGGCGCGUGGUGCCAGAUACUGUAUGUCGGCCGACUCCUCCAAGGUGUACACCAUCCCUCAGACCGGCAGCUCAGGUGCAGGGUCAGAAGCGGGGCCAGGACCGGAGUGUGGUCUGGGUCCCAGCUCAGAAGCUUGUGGACAAACACGCACACAGCCAGAUGGCAAUCCCCCAGUGACGACAACUGAUAAUGAUGAUGAUGCUGAUGCUCACAGCAAUGAGGGACCUCCCAACAUUUCAGAGUGUGGAGGAGCGGAGAGCUUGUUAGCACUCCUUCUCAAAAUGCUGUCUGAGCGUGCAAGGCAGCUGUAUGCGCAGGAGGCCGCCUGCCGCCUCCAGGCUGCCGAUCGAGAUGGAAAAUCACUGCAGAGACUUUCAAAGGAGCAAUACCUGAAAAUGAUGUCGCCUGACAGUCCACCGGGAGAAGGCAGGAGUCGCAAGCUGUCCAUGACCGGAAGUCUGUCGCCGCGUCGCUCCCUGUACCGGACGCUAUCAGACGAGAGUGUGUGUAGCAACCGCAAGGGCUCAUCCUACGCCAGCUCUCACAGCUCCAUGCUGGACCAAGCCAUGCCUAACGACAUCCUGUUCAGCACCACACCACCUUACCACAGCACGCUGCCCCCUCGCAUGGUCCACAACCAGGCACCGUCAAACCUGAGGAAUGAGUUUUGGUUCUCUGACGGCUCCUUGGCAGACAGGUCCAAGUCCAGCGACCCGGGCCUCAUGCCCCUCCCAGACACUGCCACAGGCCUGGACUGGUCUCACCUGGUUGAUGCAGCAAAAGCCUUUGAAGACCAGCGCGUGGCAUCUUUCUGCACGAUGACGGACAUGCAGCGUGCAGAAGCUCUGGAGAUUUCCAGAGAGCUGACCAGGAGAGUGGUGGAAGCGGAAGGAGCGGCACUGGGGGCGGACUCCCCGUCUACACUAACUGGCAAAGUCAACCAGCUGGAGGUGAUCCUCAGGCAGCUGCAGCAUGACCUCCGCAAGGAGAAGGAGGACAAGGCGAUGCUACAGGAGGAGGUACAGCACCUGCGGCAGGACAACAUGCGGCUGCAGGAGGAGAGUCAAACGGCGGCGGCUCAGCUCAGGAAGUUCACAGAGUGGUUCUUUCACAGUAUUGACAAGAAGCCCUGAGCCUCCUACUGAAGACUGAGGGGUGGUCUUGGGAGGAUGAAAUGAAGCAUUCCCGUGUGGAGAGACCUUGCAAGGGCCCGUAUGUGACACUAACAGUUUCUCCAUCACGCCAACUGAGAUGCCUUCUGGGAAAUUCCCUCAUCUCCAGCACGGGAGAGGAAUUCUUCCAGCGGAUCAUCUUGCAGUCGUGGAAUGUAAAGCUCAUUGACUGUAGUCAACAUGGAUUCUACCUUACGUACCGUCUGUCACAUCCAUCUACUGUACUUGCUGUACUCUCUCAUACUCCACACACUGUCUGUGUUUUGGGAAGCAGGUAUGUCGUGGUACACGCUCUCUGAAUGAAGAGGAAUCCAGGAUUAAUGAAUGUAGCUCAACUUGAGACUUUUUGAUUCCCAAAGUUAAUUCUUCUUUCAUUUCACUCCACUUUUGCUUUCCUUCAGUGUUGUGAUGAAGCCGUCACAUAAGCAGCAGUCGUGAAGUUCAAAGGUGCUUUUCUCCACACAUGAUUGUCGGUAGUCUCCAUUCACUGUCACGCUGUCCUAGCAAUAAUAAAAAGUUGUAGUUAACAAAACUUUGUUAGGGGGAAGAAAAAAAAAAGAUGAUGAGGUUAGCACAAAUAGGGAGAGAAGCGGUUCUAAAACAGGAGAUUGUGCCUAAAACUCUUGGGUGUAAAUUGGAUUGUCUCUCUCGGCUUUUUUUAAACACAUGCCUUGUCUGUGGCUCACUGAUAGAAAAUCGUGUGUUUGUAUGCGAGUGUGUGUGUGUGUGUGUGUGUGUGUGUGUGCGCGUGUGUGUUUAUGUAGUUUAUAACAGCAAAAUGUGUUCUUAUGCAGUGGUUUUUGAGAGCAUUAGAGCAGAAUCGCCACCAGUGAACCACAA